CGAGCGAUCAUAGUAGCAUCGGUCACAAUCGUCGACACAUGCAAGGAGCUCACAGCCAACAAAAUCAUCGACGUGACGAUCACAUGAUAAUGAGCUACAGAUUCAACGAUAAGUCGACAUCGCAAGAUUGACGACACAAUCAGCAGGUGAUGAGCAUGAUCAGUCGAUCCUGUAGACUGCCAGUUCUAAGGUCAAACUUGCAAAAAUCACCACUUUGAUCCUCCAAAAGCAAUCACGUCAGCUCGAUUUGCAAUGAAAGCUGGAGACAAGCAACGAUGAACGAUCAAACGCAGGGGCCACACAUAGGGCCGCAAGUCCAAGUCGAUGUUGGGGAUCAAUUGUUUCACUGCAUCGUUGAGAUUUUGGCAAGAUUGGAAGCACAACAUGAGCGUAUGUCUGAGCGUAUCGAUAGCCUUUCCGGAGAUCUCCAAGAGCUGGUCAAGCGACAGAGCGCUCUUGGAAGUCACCAAACGAUCAUCUCGAUUCCAAGUGUCGUUCAAGAUGCUAUCGCUCCUUGCUCAGAAGGUCAGAUCGAAGUUUUGAACGAGCGUGACGAGACUCAGUCGAUCAGUGCCACCCAUGCAGACAACCUCAAGAGGAAGCACGUCAGACAAGACUCACACUUCGGCUUUGACGGCGAGGAUCAGCGCGAGAUACAUCGCUUGAUCGCUAUCUCAAAAGCUCAAGACCCACUGCCAAGAUCAACAUACAUCGAGGAUGACAUCGACACACGUGCAUGCAAGCUUGUCGAUCAAGUCAUAUUUGGCAAGAAGCUACUCAAUCCUUCUACCAAUGUUGACCCUAGAUCAUGGCUCGUGACCAUGGCCGAAGAUCUUUUCGACAAAAAAACACCUCUCCGGCGGAUUCGUCUAUGCCUCCAUUUCUUCGCAGCCAUGCUCGAGCCCCAAACCCUCAUCAAUCUCAAGACAACCGAUGAACAGCUACAAGCCGAAGAGGAGGCGAAAACAAAAGCGAUGCUAUUCUGCAUCCAGCUCCACGUUGGAUACUGUGAACUAGAGAAUCCAAGCAGCCAACCCAAGCUUGCAUACGGAGUCCCUUCCGAAUACGUGAUCUUCACCGAGAAACAUCUCAACAGUCAAAAGGCCAAACGCGCGGCGUGGAAGAACAAAGAGCUCCGCCAGGCCAUCGAAACAGGCAGUAAGCUUGAGGCGCUUCGCCUGCACAUGGGACCAGGAACCAUACAUCUGAUUCCGACCAAGAUCUGGCUCGAAAUGUAAGUCCCACCAAAAUUGCAACAUCGCCGGCAAUUUUCCAAACGGGAAAAUAAAACUGACAAAUAUCGAACGACAAAAGUUUCCCCGAAAUGACCAUCGACAAUAUCGAGCGUGUGUGCGGGAAAAAUGAAAGACUCUACAUCCCCAACUUCAGGGAGAUUUCUGGCGGACUACUUGGUAGUCAAUCCAAUACGGUAAACAUGAUCGGAGGGGUGGCCCCAUGCGAGGCGAACGGACAGAUUUUGCCAGCACCUGGUCUCUUCCUGAAGGCAGUCACCGAUGAUGUGAUCAACUCGGGCGUGUACAGCUUACAGGAGCUCUUUCGCCACGCAAAUGAUGUGGUGUGAGACUGUCGUGAAGGUGACAAAAGACAUUGAAUGCGGUUGCCCAAUUGCCAAGCAACUCUGAUCAAGAAUCAGA